AUGAAGCUCCCACAGUAUGAUAAUAAGCCGUUUAAGUCGCCAGUCAUAGCUGCAAAAGCUUCACAAGGCCGUAUCGGCUUGAUUGCGUCUCAAUCCCGCAACUUUUCGCCCAACACAGCGGGUAUAACAUCGAGCCAAGAGGACAACAAUAAACGACCUUCAAGCAAUUUUGAAGCUUCGCAGUCAACCAAAAAGUCGACCAAUGUCAUACGCUAUUACUACACAACAUACCGUAAACGUACAACUAAGAAAAACAAAACCUGGGAUGGCGAUGGAAUCUGUCUGGAAUUGAGCAGCGGCGGUCUUCGUUUCUACAAGGAAAACGGCCAGUUUAUGGGCAGUGGCAAUGCUACCUCUGAAAGUGAAAAAUACGACAAGAUCUUUUCGUGUGCGGGCUGCGAGAUCCAAUUGGAUCACCACGUUAGUGAGGAGCUUGAAAUUACGCGAUUAGCCGCUCUCGUGGGCAAAUCUAAAGACUCAUCGGACUCGCCCAAUUCCUCCUCGAGACAAAAUAGCCUGUCACCUUUACCAACUCGUGUGAAGGCUCCGGCUUUGCAAAUUCCCAAAUUCAAGUGCGCAGCUUCAAAGCAGACCCAGCAGACAAGCUCUACAACGCUUGCCUCGAAAACUAAAGCCACCACAUUUUCGCCACUCUUCGAUCAUGCCAAAAUAGAGAAUGUCCUUGUGAUGAAUCGGUUUGAUGGUGCAGAGGUGGAUGUUGUGGUAGAUCCAGUCCUGUCGAGACACCUUAGGCCCCAUCAGCGCGUUGGAGUAAAGUUUAUGUACGAUUGUGUCAUGGGGUUGUCAAGACCUGCUGACUACGAAGACGAUGGCGAAACAGUCAGUAGGCUUGAUAAAACAGAUGAGGUGAAUGGGUGCCUUCUGGCAGAUGAAAUGGGUCUUGGAAAAACGCUGAUGACAAUCACACUGAUAUGGGCCUUGCUUAAACAAACUCCUCUUCCUUCGAAAGUGGUAUCAAAUACGUCUGGCUCGCCUCACCAAGGCGUAUUUAACAAGGUAUUGAUCGUUUGUCCUGUAACACUGAUAGGUAACUGGAAGCGUGAGUUUCAGAAAUGGCUAAAUUUGAACAGAAUAGGCGUUCUGACCUUAAGCGCCAAGAGUACACCUGAUAAAGACAAAUUGGACGUCCGCAAUUUUUUAAAGGUUCAAAGGUCUUACCAGGUUCUCAUCAUAGGCUAUGAGAAACUGCUCACCGUGUCUGAUACGCUUGUGGAAUGCAGAUCGAAUAUAGGCCUGCUUGUUUGUGAUGAGGGGCACCGUCUUAAAAAUGAACAGUCGAAAACCCUAAACGUUCUAAAAGCUCUUGAUAUACCGCGCAAGAUCCUUCUCACGGGAACUCCGAUUCAAAAUGACUUAACUGAGUUCUUUACCAUUCUGAACUUCAUCAAUGACGGCAUUCUAGGUUCCUUCGCCAAGUUUAAGAGAGAUUUCAUAAAUCCUAUCAUGAUGUCGAGAGACAUCAAUAACAGGUUUAAUAACAUGGUCCAGGAGAAGGGAGACAUACGAAGCCAAGAACUCAUAGCAUUGACAAAAACCUUUAUUUUGCGAAGAACAAGCGACACCAUUGCAAAGUUUCUUCCUCCAAAAACAGACAUAAUUUUGUUCUGCAAACCCACUUUGAACCAGCACAGAGCCUUCCAAGAAGUACUUGACAGCACUCGCUUUCUUAAUCUAUCGAAUAUGACCUACAGCUCAUCUUUGGGGUUGAUUACACUGUUCAAAAAGAUCUGCAAUUCACCUAGCCUGGUAUCCCAAGAUCCCUUUUACCUUGAGAAGGUCAAGUCAAAUGUGAGUUUAACAAGUAUAUUAGACUCUGAUUCUGGGAAGCUCAAAGUUUUGUUAAACAUUCUCGAGGGCAUUGCCAAAUCACCUUCAAAAGAAAAGGUUGUGAUUGUCUCUAACUAUACCCAAACAUUGGACAUCAUUCAACAUCUCUUGAACAAACGAAAUUAUUCCAAUAUCAGACUAGAUGGCUCUACACCUAGUAAAGAACGCGAUAAGAUCGUCAAUAUGUUCAAUUCAAUGCCCUCGAUCUUUACAUUUCUACUGAGUGCGAAAUCUGGAGGGGUAGGUUUAAACUUAAUCGGAGCAUCCCGUCUGGUGCUGUUUGAUAACGACUGGAAUCCAGCAAUCGACCAUCAGGCGAUGUCCAGGAUACACAGGGACGGGCAAGAAAAGCCGUGUUUCAUUUAUAGACUACUUUCCACUGGGUGUAUUGAUGAAAAGAUCUUCCAGCGACAGCUGAUGAAAAACAGUUUGAGUGCCAAAUUCAUGGGAGGACCUGAGAACUUGUCAAGUGAAAAGUCAAAUGAUGACCUCUUCGCGAUCGAGGAUUUGAAAGACCUCUUUACUGUCCUGACAGUGACGCCAAGCAACACGCAUGAUCUUAUCUGUGAAUGUCAAGGGGACGGUCAGGAGGAUGGUCAAGGGGAAGUGGAGUUGAGCAAGGCGGUCGAUCAACAAGGUCAUGCUGAAAAUGUUCGAAGCUCUCAGUCUGAGGGGUGGAUAAAUGCCAUGCAGUUGCAAUCAACUCUCGAGAAAGCUCAGGAAGAAAACGAAUUUUUGAAAGCAAGGGUGGUGAGGGAAUGCUUGGCAGGAUACAGGCACAUAAAUCCUCAAAACAGCUUGUAUCACAACGAGGAUCUGGCUAUUGAUUGGAACACAGAUGUAACUUUUGCAUUUCUGAAAGAAUACAACAUAUGA